AUGCAGCAGCAACAGGAUGUGUAUGCACUUAUGAUGGAGACUCUUCGAGAUAGGAAUUGUAGGGCGGCAUCGCAAGAUAGAGAUAUCAGAGGCAUAGACAUUUUUAAGCGGUUCCAGAGGCUUCGGCCACCGACAUUCGAAGGAGCACCCAAUCCAGUACAAGCAGAGCAUUGGGACUUCCCAAAAUUGGUAGAUAAGGUGAUGAGGGUCGAGAAGGACUUCGAUUGCACUAUCAAGUCAUGCCCCCUAGUCCGAGACGCCCCGGAGAAUCAGCUGUACGCUAAGCUGACCAACUGCAAGUUCUGGGAAGAGGAAGUGAAAUUCCUGGGACAUGUAGUGAAAGUAGAGGGGAUAGCAAUUGAUCCGGCUAAGGUGGAAGCAAUAACUAAGUGGGAGUUGCCCACCACAGUCACUAAGGUUCGAAGUUUUCUGGCCAUGGCAGGGUAUUACAAACGCUUUAUUAAGGAAUUCUCCAGGAUCGCGCGGCCGCUCACCCAAUUAAUAAGGAAGAACAACUGGUUUACGUGGGACGAGAACACGAAAGCGGCCUUCCAAGAGCUAAAGAUGAGACUGACUUCCGCACCAGUACUCACUCUUCCACAAGAGGGAGUGACGUUCGUGGUAUAUAGCGAUGCGUCGAAGUUGGGGCUAGGAUGUGUGUUGAUGUAA